CGUGUUCGUAAUAAGUGUAAAUAUCGAUUGUAUUGUGUUAACGAUUGUGUGGGAAAUCAUUGUUUUGGAUUUCGAAAUUGUCUAGCGGCGAAACGGUGAACUUGUUCGCUCAUUCUGGCUGGCCUACUCCGAUGCAGAGCUGCCAUGUUUUCGUUAUUCUCUCUCUAUUCGCCGUAUGCUGGUGUAUGUUUUUUACGGUAUCGUUUGAACGCAUAGAGAGUGGAAAGCAGAAGGAACAUCAAGCAACGUAGGAAACCCGUCUUCUGGUGCUGUGAGCUGGCAAAUGGCACACACAGCGCAGAGCAAGAGAGUGUGGGCUUUUGCGAGAGAAACGAUCAGCGAGAAACCCGAAUGUGAUUUGAUGGUCGAGAAAAGAAAAUGGCCGCCGUCGCGUGUGUGUACAUCAGCACUUUGAAGGCGCUCUUGGCAUAGACGUUUUGUUUUUCACGUAAUUUUUCACCUUCUAAGCGCGGUUCAUCGACACGAACGUGGCGCAAGAAUUCGGUUUCUGCUGUGAUUUUUCGCGUGUGUUCCGGAGUUCCAGGGCAGCCGCAGCAGCAGCAAACCCCGUGUAUCGGACAAAAAUAAACCGUGGAUCUCCCGGGGAAAAUAAGAAAAAAGUGUACUCUCGACCGUAUCCGGAAUAAUCGGUUCUUCGUUUUUUCCUUGCUUGCUCGUUCGAUUCCUCUUCCUCCUUGCGGGACGGGCUUGAAACGCAGAAGAGUGCGCUGCCGAUAUUCCGUCAGACCAAAUGAAGUUUCGUAUGAGUAGAAUUUCAUAUUUUCCAGUGCUUUGGCCACAUGCGUUCGAUUUUUUUGUUGCUUUCAUCCGCGAAUUGCGAAUGUGAGUUGAUUUUGAGUGCGGUUUGGAAAACGGAACGGGAUUCAAAGUGAAGUGUGGUGUGGAGCAAUAGAAGAAGAAAAGGUAGAAGAAGAACAACGCAACAACGGCAGCAACAACAAUAGCAGCAGCAACGGCAGUACCAGUAUCAAGCAGAAGAAGAAAAGGCGAAUUUCUGGGUCUAUUUCGCGAUCGCGAGGAUGAAGUGCAGAAGGUGAUUUCCAGCAGUUUUCUUCUUUUUCAUUUUGCUACAUCGUCCACCGAACACGUUACAAUUGGAAUGAUGCCCUCAUAUUCGACCGAUGGAGUGAUAGCGUAAUGAUUGUGCAAGUAUAGUAAAUGUAAAUAGCUGUGUAUAGUAGCCGAUAAGCUAAAAGUGGAAAAGUGAAAAAAAGUGAUUAUUUCUAAACAUAGCUAUAACAUACUACUGAAAUAAUCCACCAGAGUAAUUUGUUGUUGUUAAUAUACGAAAAAUAAGUCAGUCUUCAUGAAGAAACGAAAAAAAAUCUGCUAGUUGUUUCGUUGGUGAUGGUAAGUGAAAUUUUGUGCACAGUGAAAUCAUCACAGGGCAAGCUUGAAACCGAGAAUAAAGCGAAGAAUUGUUGCAGAAAAUGAAAAUGAUGUUGUGAAGUGCUUGCCAGUGUUGUAGCCUUUGGCAACCGAGCUUUAAGCAAGUGAAGUGAUUUUCCAGUAAAGUGAAUCAUUUCAAGCAAUCAACUGUGUGCAAACAACUACGGAAAAAUAUGCUGACUUCGGAAUGAGAUGGAAGCGGCUAUACGUUCAGUGCAGCAGGUUGGGCCGCCAGGCCAGAGGGCCGACACUGGCCCUUCGCCGCAGCCUCCUCCAACGAUGUCAUUUCAGCAGCGUGUGCCACCAGGCGCUGCGCAAAUUCAUAGAUCUGUUGAUACGGUGCAAGUUUACAGUAAGGGAGGCCCUCCGCAGUCCCAAACCGCUUCCCGAUCGGCAGCUAGUCCUCUUUCGCCACCAAGACCUGGACCAGGAGCAAGUGCAGCGAAUUAUCCACCGUUCGCAGGGGCACCAGCGCGCGAAGCACCGCUCAGAUAUGUGCAAAACAACUCGUACUAUCGGGAGAAUCCCUAUACCCGUGUAUCACAGGUACCACAGAUGCCAGAAUACCAUCGGCAGGUACCGGUUGUUUCGGUAUCUAGUAGUAUACCUGCAUCCAUUAGUAUAGCAAAUUCCAUGGAGCCAGUACAACAACAAUCGACCCGACCCCGAAUAUCCCUGUUACCCCAUAAUCCCGAUUACCUGCAGCAGCGUGUGAUGCAGCAGCAGCAACAAUCGGAUACCGGUCCACCUGCAUUUAAAAAAAUUCGCCUAAACGAAAACAGUCAGCCUGCGCAAUCCCUCCUGAACGUUGAUACACGUGAUCCACCGGCAUCGUCUGGUGCGUAUCAUCCCCAGGUGGAAGCGAUCUCACCAACGCUGCCAAGUGAUCCGACUGAGGAACUGCGUGCCACUAAGGAUGAUCUGCUGCAGCAGAUUGCUAAGGUGGACAUCGAGAUCGACAAAGCAGAAAAGACUAUCGCUAUGCUGAAGAAAAAGCAGGAAACGCUCGAAGAGGCUUCAGCGAAACCAGCCGUCGAGGAGAGCGCCGCCGAGACGCAGCCCAAGCACCGUAACCUGGCACAACAGAUCUAUGCCGAUAACCGGAAACGAGCGGCAACGACGCAUGCUGUGUUAAGCGCACUUGGCACUGCCACCGAUCUGCCACUGUACAAUCAGCCGUCCGAUGCGGAAAUCUGUCGCGAAAUUCAGGAGCGCCACAAGACGUUCAAACAGCAUUUGCUGCUGCAUUUCAAGAGGAUCAAAUCCGAACGGGCGGCUAAACAGAUCGAAUUGACUGAAAGAUACGCGCAGUUAUCGCAAGACUGGUCUAAACGUGUAGAUAAGAUGGAAGCUAGUGCAAAACGGAAAGCGAAGGAUGCGAAAAACCGGGAGUUUUUCGAAAAGGUGUUCCCCGAGCUUCGAAAGCAGAGGGAGGAUAAAGAGCGAUUUAAUCGUGUAGGUUCUAGGAUAAAAUCCGAAGCCGAUCUUGAAGAAAUCAUGGAUGGUCUUCAGGAGCAGGCGAUGGAGGAUAAAAAAAUGCGUUCAUAUGCUGUGAUUCCACCUUUAAUGUUAGACUCCAGACAAAGAAGGCUAGUGUUUAAUAAUGAAAAUGGAGCGCUAAUAGAUAUGGAAACAGAAUUCAAGGAACGAUUAAAUUUGAAUGUGUGGACUGCUGGAGAAAAGGAGAUUUUUCGAGAGAAAUUUUUGCAGCAUCCGAAAAAUUUCGGUAUGAUUGCAGCCAGCUUGGAUCGGAAAAGUGCGCAGGAUUGUGUGCGAUAUUACUACCUCAGUAAAAAGGCGGAAAACUAUAAGCAGUUGUUACGAAAGUCUAGGCAACGGACGAGAAGUUCGAGAAAUAUACAGAAAUCCAAUCAAAAUCAGACACAGUGCAUAGUAGAUGCAUUAACAACUGGUGUUACAACAAGACUACAACGUGAACAACAACAAAAGACUGUAGGCCGUGAUCGUGCCGCAAAUUCAACAAAUAGUUCAAUAGGAAAUAGUUCGGCAUCUAAUGUCACAACAAAUUCAUCUUCAAAUAACACUAAUAACAAUAACAGUAGCAGUAAUAAUAGUAGCAGUAGUGCAAGUAGUAUUAACGCGAGUACGUCUAUAUCUAGUGCAGUACCAGCAUCAACGACGAUAGCUACUGCAAAUUCUGUAGCAACUGCACCAGUAUCCAGUACAGCAUCUCCUCCGCCUGUAACGACUACGGCAACAAUUGCGACUAGCAUUAGUAGUAGCACCUGCACUAAUAUUAGUAGCAGCAGUAGUACAAGCAGUAGUGUCAACAACGCGAACAGCAGUGUUGCCAAUAGCAGUCCCGCAGCUAACGGUGGUGAGGGUUCAGAGAGCGUUGUCAAAGAUGAGGCUGGCAAAGAAAAACAAAGUACUGGCUCUGAUUCCCCUGCAGCAUCAUUGCCGGGUGUUACUAAUACUUCUAUUACUACUACUACAACUACUACUAGUCCAACGUCGGAUGAUAGUACUACUUUGUUGACGACCACUCCGACGACUGCCACUGUGUCUACGAAUUCGCCGCUAGCGACUGUAUGUUCACCGCGAAGUUCUACGCCUUCAUCUGUGUUAACGGCAUCUGUCACGUCGUCGUCCUCACCAGCACCAUCAACACCCAGCUCAUCAACAGUGCAGUUAAGUUGUAGCACUGCACAUACAACACAGUCUACGCCAUCGAACGCAACACCACUGUCAGUUUCAUCCAGUAUCAUCAGCAGUAGCAGUACCUUAACCACAGGGGUCGGUGUUUCCGUAUCUAACAGCAACAACAUCGGUAGUGUAAUAAAUAGUAACAGCAGCAGUAACAACAACAGCAACAACGGUAUCUUGUCGGGAGUGACUACUGUGGAAACGUCCUUUGUACCUAAUCUUAGCUCUAGUAUUUCUACGAUACCGUUGAAUGGUGUUAAAACGGAAGUACUGAGUUCGACUACGGCAACGGUAACAACGUCGGUUACGUCAUUGAACAAUAGCUAUUGUACUAACAACAGCAUCAAUGCCAGUGUAAAUAGUGUAAACUCUACAAUGGCUAGCUCCGUAGCGGUCAGUAGUGGGAUGGCUAUGACUCACAGUGCAUCGGUACCAGUUACGCUUGCGGCCGCUGCACCGGGUAAAAUUAACCUUUCCACAGCAAUGUCCCCAAGCUAUCAGCCACAAGUGCAUUUACAACCAUUACAAACGCAUCCGAACUCUGUCAUGUUUAAAGGCACAACAACCUUGUCAAAUUUAACAGGAGCAUCGUCGAUGGAUAUUAUCAUCAAGGAUAUUACGUUGGGUUCGGUGGUGGCUAGUGUGGUUAACAGCAAGUUGGGUGUAAAGGAUAACUUGCUGAAGGAAGAUUUGGAGCCAAGUGAAUCCAAAAAGCGACGAGUAGACCUAGAUGGAGUCAAAGAUGAUGGUGUGUCCCAAGAGAAUAAAGAUAAGGGUAGUGCAUUGCAUUCGUGCUUUGUGUGCAAGGCCGAGAUGUGUCCUCGUACGCGCCCACUGGAGCGUGGCCGGGGCGCGCAGUACGGCAUACCGGAAGAGGCAAUACCGCCGGGGGCACGUGUUUGCAAUACGUGCCAGUGCAAAUCGGUGAAAUCGAGAUACACACAUUGUCCUCUGCCGACCUGCCCCAAUCCGAAAGAUAGGGUGAAACGCUUCCGAAAUUUACCGCCGCGAUUGUUCGAGCUGUCAGUGGAUAUCCGCGAUCCCAUUAUUCAGGAGUUGCAGAUUCCACCCAACGUGACGAAAUGUUGUUCGGCUUGUCUAACUCGUAUUCGCCGGAAAAUGGGUCCGCAUUUGCUAGGAACAAAUCUCACCGAGGAGGAAGUUACACGAAUGAAGAAACUCUUACAGGAUGUUGGUCCGAAAUGGAAUCAUCUUUCUGAAACAUUGAACAAAACUCCUGUUGCUCUAAAAAGUUUCUAUUUCCACUAUAAAAAGAAGUAUGGUUUUGAUUUGGCUUUAACGGAAUACUAUAAGCAACACCCAGGUGAGGACAGGCGAGCAGCGAUGACAGAUGGGGAUGAGUCUGAUAUGAGUACCUCAUCUUCGGAUGAGCGGGAUGGAAGUAGUGACACUACCGCAUCUGCAGAAAGCCCCAACAACUCUGUACCGUGUAAUGCUACGAAAGAGGAAAUUAUUACAGUUUCGGAAACUUUGGCACCUCCGCCGCUUACAAAGAACUUUGAAGAUGACAGAUUGUUACCACCUGGUCAACCUCCUCGUAAACAGCGCUUGACGGAAGAGUAUGACAGCUCGGCUACGGAAACCGCGGAUGAGGAGAAUGAGACAUCGCCAGCAAAUCGGCAAAGUCCGAAAGUACUUUACCCUCCUCUAGGUAGUGUAAAUCCAGUCAUUUCUGUGCACCAUACAUCUCUGCAGAAUGGUCCACGUGGUAACGAUGUCAGCUCACCGCAAAAUGUUCGAGAUGUGGUACUGAAUGUGAUAGAAAGAUCUCUGAAAUCUAGCAUGAUGCCAAGUUCUACGAAACCACCACCGAUGAAGUCCAUCAACGAUUUGUCCUUUGGCCCACGAGACUAUCGAGAUAUGUCGAAAAGUGGUUCCUUUCAGCGACCACCGCCGGAAGGAAUGGCAACACUGUCGGUGGUUAAUUCUCAUGGCCAUGCUCAGUCUCCCAUAAUAUCGCAUCCUAUAAGCUCGCAAAUACAGGCAACUAUCACACCUGUUCCGCAGCAAACACCACAAUCUUUGGCACAAAAUCAACAAAUCCAACCUUCACUGCAGCAGCAGCAACAGGCGAUGCAAUCGCAAUCCCAAGGAAUGCAUCCGUCACAGCAACAACAGCCACCACAACAGCAGCAACCGAUAAGUUCUAGUGGUCACGAAAAGGAUAUCUCCGUGGUUUACCUUCGCGAGGAACCGCAAACACUGGAUCUCAGUAUCAAAAAGCAUCAACGAGAUAAUUUUCCGCCUCCCGCGCACAACAGCAAGCUACCUACCAGCGCGUCCUCUCAACCGACACCACCACCUCCGCAUUCUUCUAGUAGUAGCAGUACGGUAACAGUGUAUCGUUCAGAUAACUUUCCACCACCCAGUCAUCAGCAGCAAAACAUUCCAUCGCAUGGAGCGCCUUACGGGUUAAGCUACCAUGAUUCAAUGGGUCGACCAACGAAGUCACCAUCUGGGUACAUAACAACUGCACCCGGCGGUCCACCAAUUUCUCUAAGCCAAGGUCCAGGAGGACUUUCGAGUCAGCCUUCUUCUGUAGUUGGUCGUGGUGGUCAAAUACCACAACAGACUAUUUCACUGACUCCUCCUCCUGUUAAGAAGCAGCAAAAUGUUCCAAAACUUAGUCCCAAGAUGCAACAUCAAGUGCAAUCGGCCAUGCAGCAGCCACCGCCACAAUCACUCGGUCCCAAGGGCUCGAUUACACAUGGCACUCCGGUAAACUCUGCUGGCCAACAAAUUAUCGUACCAGGUCAAACGACAUUAAGUCCACGAUACGACAACAUACUUCGUCAAACGCCACCGUCGUCCAAUGACAAGCAUGGCUCAAUCACUCAAGGAACGCCUGUUCAUAUGUCCGCUCACGCACUGCCAGACAAACGUGCAGCUUACGAGUACAAAUCCUAUAACAACAGACAAAGCCCGGCACAAGUGUCUCAACCGCCGACACAGGGAAGUCCACAGGCUCCUCAAUUUACGUACACAAGAACUGCGCCGUCGUUCACCUUGGAACCACAGCAACUUAGCUCGCGUCAAAUUAUUAUGAACGACUACAUAACAUCGCAGCAGAUGCAAGGACGUAGUGCUGCCGGUAGUGCUGGUAGUCGUCCCGAAAAGGAAUCUCCCUCGCCACGAAGCGUUCCCAAUAUAGCUAACUCUCCAGCCGCAUUGCUUUAUGCCGUUGCUGAACGCGAACGCAACUCUAGGCCAGAAUACCUGAGCCGAGCGUCUCCAGCCGAUCAUGUGAACAGUCAAAUAUGUUACAGGGGCUCUCCUGUGUUUAGUACACCCAGUCCACACCGAACGCCUCCACCACCUCAACGCCAAGGAGUAAUACAACGACACAAUACUGGUGGUGCAAGUGGUGGUAACACUGGUAAUGCAGGAUCGAAACCUCCGAGCCCUGCACCAAGUCGAUUACAUCCGGUGCCACCGCCGCAUCAUUACAUGCAAGGACACGAUGCUUUUACCUCUCUGGUUGAUUUAGCCGUCCAGCAGCAACCGAUGACGGUUCCGCAUAAAGAUGAUAAACGCCAGCUUAUCGAGCAGCAGCAGGGACCACCUCCACCCCCGACGUCCCAUGAUAUACGCUAUCAUCAAGCAACGAUGAUCCAAAUUCACCAUCAACAGCAACAACAACAGCAACAAGCAGCAGCUGCUGCUGCAGCGGCGGCGGUAGCACAGCAUCAGCAGCAACAACAGCAGCAACAUGCAGCUGCGGUUGCAGUACAACAGCAACAUGCAGCUGCGGCGGCUGCUGCCCAACAUCAGCAACAGGCUUUCCAAAGACAACAACAGAUGGAUCUCCAACGACGGCAGCAAUCGCAGAUGCAUCCUUCGCUGCAGCACCCGUCAGUUGUGGCUUAUCGAGAGCAGCAAAUGGAGCGUGAUCGGGAAAUAAACUAUCGUGAACGUAUGGAGCGUGAACGCAUGGUCGAGCGAGAACGUGAGCGCCAAAUCGAGCGUGAGCAGCGAGAACGAGACCAGCGGGAACGUGAACGAGAACGAGAACGCGAGCAACGUGAGCAGCGCGAUCGGCAGCAGCGCGAGCGGGAUCGAGAACGAUUGGCUCACCAGGAAGAAGAGGAACGCCGUAGGAAACACUACGAUAUAAUCAGUGAAAGGAUAGACAGACCCAUGGAAACGCUUGGAAUGCGUCAAUCCUCGGACGGCUCGUUGACCGCAGCGAAUCUGAUAGAUGCUAUCAUAACACAUCAAAUAAAUCAAACCGCUUCGGAACCACCGCUGCCGCCAAACCGUGAUAUGCACCGUCCUCCAUAUUUCCCAUCUCGAGAUCAUCGACCGUCACCACUUAGUGAAAACAACGGAAAAUCUCACUCGCCUAAUGUGAUAAAUAUAGACGUCGAUUCGGAGCCAGUUCGAACGAAAAAUAUCACCAUUGGCGAGCUGGCGGAAAGUAUCAUUGCUAAAGAUUACUCUCCUAAUCCAAAUCCGUUUCUGCAAAUGCGUCCUUCGAUGAUCCCAAUGUCGCUCGAAACUUCAAUCAUGAGCGCUUCUGAUGCAUGGAAGUACCGACGGAUACCUUCUGGGAAAGAGGAACAAUUAUCCCAUAGUCAGCCUCCUCCAUCUCCCUCGCAACAACAACAGCAAGUGCAAAUGCAGGUGCAACAGCAAGGAAUACCUGGCCAUCCUCAAUAUGUGCAUCCACAGCAGCAGUCAAAUAAAGGACCGGGACGAUCUACACCUGAUGACAGACAUAUUAUACGCAUGGCUCAAUCGCCAGGUCCCAGGAAUAAAUUCCACGAUUCGGUGUCCCCAGAUACGCAUUUUUUUCAUCCAGGAGCUCCGCUCAGUAGAGGGUCUCGGGAUUUUGCUCUUGAUUGCUACGUCAAAAAUCGAAUAGUGGAAGCAAUGCGGACUGAAGACGACAAACGUGUUGACGAUGGAAGGGAUCUGCAAUCUCCGCGAAAUCAAUCACCGGCACAACAUGGGCCUCCUCCACCAGCACACCACAACAAGGAUCACGAUCGCAGCUCGACACCGGCGGAUAUGAUGAUCGAUGAAGAAACAGGACGACCUGCUUCUGUAGGUAAUCCACACCGACCUCCUUCCUCUUCUCAACAACAGCUGCCCCCUCAUUCGCAAUCGCAACAAGGAGGAAUCCAUAAUUCACUCCAUUCUUCUCCAUACAUUGGGGGCCAAUCUGGUCCACCACCUCCUGUAACUACUUUUGCACCGCAAACCUACUAUCCAUAUAGUGCAUUAACUGUUUCCGGUGGCCCUGUUGUCGGAGGACUAGGUCCUCCAGUUCAUCCACCGAAAACAACAUUAAUUGUGCCGACGCUCGGUGGUGGUAGUGUUGGUGUUGGGGGAGGAAGUGGAAUGAAUAUGAAUGACGACCGACAGUCCUCGUCUUCGUCUAAUACUAUCGAGCCGAAGCCCCUGCUUUCAGCUCAGUACGAAGCGCUUAGCGACGAAGACUAAAGAAAGUCGAUCGCUAAUUACUGUUUAUUUGCUUCUGCCGCCGAGGAUGUGGACUGAACAUGAACAAACAACAGAUUCAUACACAUAAGAUAUAUUCAGUAUGGAAGCUAUCUCACGCAGAAAUGUAAUUAAAUAUAAAUAUUCAUUAUAACGCAGAAGUAUGAUGAUAAAUACUAAAAAAAAUAUGAAGAAUUAUUAUCUAUGCGAAAAUGUAUUCAAAUGAAAAAAAAACUAGAACACUUUGAAAUCUGAUAAAAUGCAGAAACCGCUAGAGAUAUACAACGAGAAUUAUUAUUAAAAACAUAAAAACAGAGGAAAGCAAAACCCUAUCGACUACUACUACUACUACUACUACAGCAACAAAAGAAAUUUAAAAUCUAUCCUGUAAAAUCAUCUGCAGAAUAAAUUUAUUCAGAAGUCGAAUGAAACAAAAAAAAAAACAAUUAUUGCGCUUAACCCUUCUAAGAAAUAUUCCCAAUUAGAGAGAAGCACAUACAACCACAUACAUGCAGUCACUUGACUGCAAUCGGUAGAAGGCAGGAAAAUAGAUGGAUUUAACAUUGGUCUUGCGAAAAUAAAAAAAAACUGGACUUAGUGAAAGUGAGGGUACAGUUAUAAGAAUGGUGUUGUUGUUUAGAAUUGUUAAUCCUGUGCGAAAACAGAUGUGUGUGAGUUUGUUUGGAUUAUACGAAAAGGAAAUCUUCAAAGAAAAUUUUAAUUUGUUUAAUGGGCUACAUUCGAAUGACAAAAGCAACUAGUGCAAAUAGCUGCUUAGCCAGUUACGGAGCAAGGCAGAGAUUUAAGAAAGAAUUAUUCGAGCUUGUCCAAGAAGCUUAUGAGAAACAGAAAUAAAUUAAAUAUACAAAAACAACAGCAUUAGUGCAUCUAUGCCAACAAUUUUGAAAGAAAAUUAGAGAAGAACUCGAAUGGACAAGUCUGUCCUGUUUCAGAAUUAGUAAAAAACGCGAACUUUCUGUUUUCGUGUUUGAAUUUUGCGUUUGCUCUGUUUAGUUUCAAAUGCAAGAAAAAAAAUUGCUGUUACUAAGAAGUAACAAAGCUACAAGUAUGUUAUUGUAGUUUACAAUCUGUGCAGAAGCACUUGUGUAAAAGAAGUGAGCUAACAAGUAAAAAUGUAUAUGACCCGUUAAUAAGUCCAAACUGCUGAGAUUACUGCGCGCUGUACAGCAUAACACCGAGCAAGAGAAGAGAUAAAAUCGCAUAGUGUAGCAAGCAACAAAAUGGUUAGAAAUAAAAAAAAAAAUAAAAUAAAAGGUGGUAUAUCGAUUUAUGUUCUCUAUAAAAAGAAAAACAUACAUGUAAUUAUAUUAUUGUCAAGUUCAUUAAAGAUAGUUCUCAAUUUCUAAGUUAAAACUUAAAAAAAGAGAGAAGGAGAAAAACUAACGAUUGAUUGAUUGCUGAACAUAUAAAUUUAGUUAGGUAGACAGAAAAAAUUAGAGCGUCUUAUGGCAUAAGAGCUAGAGAGAGAGAGAAUUAAUGAUUAAUAUUAUGUAAAACUUUGUGUUAAGCCUCUUUUUAGUUUGUAAUUAUUUUCCUUAUUUUUCUAAAAAAAAGUAUAUAUUAACACGAUAUGCAAAACUAAGCAUUAAGUGAAUAAAACAUAAAAUAAUUCAAAUUAAAGUGUU